AUGGCACCGGCGCUGCACCUGCCGCCGCCCACGCAGGGCUCCUCGUCCGACGAGCUCAAGGUCGUGCGCACGGCCACCGUCGACGGGCAGACGUUUGCAUCGGGCGGCGUCAUCUACCCGCCGCCGGACCUGCGGCCGGUGAUCGACAAGACGGCCGAGUUCGUCGCGCGCAACGGCGUCGCGUUCGAGGCCAAAAUCAAGGAGCAGGAGCGCCUGAACCCCAAGUUCGCAUUCCUCAACUCGGGCGACGCGUACCACGCGUACUUCCGCCUCCAGAUCCACGCCGCGAAGGAGAAGCGUGCGCAGCCCGCCGCGCCGCCCGACGAGCGGCCCGCCGCCCCCACGGCGUCGGCGGCCGUGCAGGCCGCGCUGCGCGCGGACCGCUCGCAGGCGGCGCCGGCCACUGAGCCGGAGCGACCGCCCGCGCACGAAUUCUCGCUCGAGUUCCCGAGCACCGCGGCCAUCGACCUGGAGGUGCUCAAGCUCACGGCCCUGUUCACCGCGCGGCAGGGCGCCGCCUUUGCGUCGCGCCUCCUCGCCAAGGAGGCGCACUCGCACCAGUUCGAGUUCCUGCGGCCGCACCACCCGCUGUUCAGCUACUUUCACCUGCUCGUCGAGCAGUACCACCAGGUCAUGCAGCCCUCGCGUGUGCGCCUCGCGCACGUCCGGCAGUGUGCCUCGCGCGCGCGCGGCCCCGGCACGGGCGGCGGCCGCAUGCAUCUGCUCCCCGAGGUCAGGAAGCGCGCGGCGUGGACGCAGUGGGACCAGGAGCGCCGCCAGCAGGAGCACCACGAGGAGGAGCGCCGCCGCGCGCUCUUUGACGAAAUUGACUGGCAGGACUUUUGCGUCGUGGGUGUCGUGGAAGUGACGAGCAGCGACGCACGCGCGGACCUGCCGCCGCCGCGCUCGCUGCACGAGCUGCAGACGAUGCUCCAGACGCACCAGCGCAUGGAGGCAGCGCCGGCCGCGCCGGCCGCGCCAGCCGCAAGCACCGUGCGGCCGACGCCGCAGGGCCCGAUCAAGAUCCGCCACGACUACCAGCGCACCGCCAGGCCGGCCAGCUCGGCCGCGGCGGCCGCGGCGGCCGCGCAGACGACCGUAUGCCCCGUGUGUGGCGACACGGUGCCUGUCAGCGAGAUGAGCGAGCAUGUGCGCAUUGAGCUCCUGAAUCCCAAGUUCCGCGAGGAGCGCGCGAAGCUGGAGCAGCGGCGGCAGGAGCAGGCGAGUCUGGCGGCGGGCGCGGACCCGUCACACUACCUCAAGCAGUUUGCCGGCGCGCGCACUGACCUCUUUGGCGCUCGCGCCGACGAGGAGGCACAGGCACGUCGUGAGGCGGACGAGCGGCGCCUCGCGCGCGAGAAGGAGAAGGGCGUGUGGGACGGCCACGCGAACAGCACGAAGAAGGCGCAGGACGCGCGCGCGCGGGGCAGCACGGUGGACGAGCGCCUCGCUGCGAUCCGCGCGCGCGCAGCGGCGCCAGCGACGCCGCUGGGGCCGCAGGCGGUGCCUACGAAGCGCGCGGCUGAGGACUCGACGGAGCCAAGCAAGCGGCGCGAGGCGCCGCGCGAAGCGCAGUACGCCGAGGCCGAGUGGCUCGCCCUGUACCCCCACCCCAUCACCCUGCACGUCCACGUGCCGGAUGCACCGCACGUGGCGCCGGUGUGCGACGGGCGCGUCCUGACGUUCUCGGGCCUGCCGCUGAGCACGACGAUGGGGCAGGUGCGUGACCGCGUGCUGAGCGAGGCGCUUGGGCGCAGCGUGGGCGCCUCGAAGCUCAAGAUGUGGGUGCACGGCAAGCCCGCGACGCUGCGGCAGUCGCUCGCGCACUGGAACUUGGCGGACGGCGCGCAUGCGGCCGCGGCCAUGUCGCUCGAGGGCGAUGUGCCGGACUUUGUGCUGAGCUACCCGGUGCAGGUGGUGACGAGCGGCAUUGUGCUUGCCUUCUCGUUCUCGCUCCUUCUGCAUGUGGUGUUCACGGCGGCGUACCACGUGCCGCUCAGCCGCGCCAACUUUGUGCUGCAGCUCACCUCGAAUGUCCUGAUGCUGGUGGCCGAGUGCACGAAGAUUGGGAUCAUACUGUCGGAGAUGGCGCGGGCGGGGGCGAUGUGGCCGUACAUGUUCCCGUUCGUCGCGCCGCGCCUGCCGAAUCGCUCGACGUGGUCGACGACGCAGGUCGUCUUUUUCGCGCUGCUCCAGAUGCUGACGCUGCUCUUCUCGCACGGCACGCAUAUCCAGUUCCUUACGCUGCUCUUCCCGUCCGUGCUCGAGACGCGCAUGAUCUACUGGAUGCUCGGCCCGCUCGUCCUCAUCAUGGCGGGCAUGUCCUUCGGCGACCUCGCGUCGGACGACGACCUAAAGACGCUCGACCUGUCCGAUGCGCUCAUGAACAUCUGCGACAGCUCGCUCGCGCUCCUGUACAUGGCGGCCCUGCUGAUCUGGGGCGCCCUCGUCAACUGGCGCCGCGCAUGGCGCGGCGAUGGCUCGACCGCGGCGUUUGGCACGAUUGCCGUCGUGGUGGCCGUGCUCAAGACGGUCAUCAGCUUUGUGCACAUUGGCUACGACCGCGUCUACUGGAUGCGCGACUUGUCCGCGAUAUUCACCGUCUGGCAGAGCUGGCUCGGCUUCUGGUGGUGGGUGUCGGCCGGCAUGAACAUCGGCGAGUACGCCGACCGAUUGCGCGCGCAGGAGCGCCGCACGAGGCGCCAGCAGCGGCAGCGCCGCCGCCCGCUGAAGCGCCCAUCGGCACCCGCCGUCCUGCGCAUGCACCGCGGCGGCGAUGCCGACACUGCCGACGCGCCGGGGCCCGCCGAGACGCCCGAGGAGUCGCCGGGCGGCAGCUCGGACGUGUCGCCGCAGACCUACCUGUCCACGACGGACUCGGCGCCAUGGACCGUGCGCCUGGCGCGCCGGAUCGGGCGCCUCGCGCCGGACGCGCUGCAGCGCCGCUUCGAGCACCUGCGCUCGGCGCACUCGUCGGCUGUCAACCGUGCGGCGGUCGAUCAGGCCGCGCCGUACGCGCGGGUCAUGCAGUCGUGGGUGCCGAGCUCGGACCUGCUGCGCCGCCUGCGUCUGCAGGACAAGACGAUGUACGAGUAG